AUGUCAGGUGUUGGGUCUCUCGGUGAUAGCGAUGUGCGCGAGCGUCUGCUGCCCGCUGGAACGCAUCACCCGUCACAGUACGAAAGCAGAGAACGAGACAUAUUCACACACGAGGAACUGCUGCAUUCAAUCGGAUCGUUCUCCGCUGUCGUAUGGCCUGUGGCCGUCACCAUGUUGCUCGCCAGUUUUAUGUCACUUAAUGUCGUGGAUCCAGCAUCAGCCAAGGCACUUGCAGCAGCUUAUCUAGUCUAUGGACCGGAGACAGACAGGGAUGCAUCCACGGGGACGAAGGUGGCAUAUGCACUAGUGAACGCUCUGACAAUUGUAUCGUUUUUCCUUGUGGCAACGUUCGUAAUUGUCUGUUGCUACAAGCUCAACUUUAACAAGAUGUUGAUUGGAUACAUGAUGUUCUCGUCGGCAAUGCUGUUGGGUAUGUUGGGAGGCAACAUGCUAGUCAUCGUCAUUGCCAAGAUGGAGAUCCCAGUGGAUAUGUUUACGCUCUUGUUUGUCAUGUACAACUUUUCCGUCGUCGGCGUGCUGACUAUCUUUUACCAGAAGGGCACGCCUAUGUGGCUCACGCAGAUGUACUUGAUUGCCACGUCAGUCAUCAUGGCUUGGCAACUGGGGCAGUUUCCGGAGUGGAGCACCUGGGCCUUGGUGAUUGUGCUUGCAUUUUAUGACUUAUGUGCGGUGUUGACGCCGUGUGGACCGUUGAAGUGGCUUGUGAAUCUUGUACAACAGGAGGGGCGCCCGCUUCCUGGUCUUCUCUACGAAGCUGAAAUUCGCCGUGAUCACUCAACGAAUGCAGCUUCACCUGCGUACGAAAAUAUCUAUUACCAGUGCGAGUCAGAAAUGCCUCUUCGUUUAGGUUCACCGGGGGAUGUGCCAGCAUUCCCUGCUACUUCAAGUCAGACUUCCCUGACACCUCGUCUGGCCGGAUUGCGCGAUCGGUUGAUCAAAUUUUACACAAAGCAUAAUCCGUCUGCAAUUCCCCGCAUUGACCAGAUUCUGGAACGGUAUCAUGGACGAGAAGCUGAGCUGUGGCAUGACCUGUGCCAGAAAUAUAUUACCAAUGAAGGGGAGGUGGACGAAACGAUCAAACUUGGACUGGGAGAUUUUGUCUUUUAUAGCGUGUUAGUAUCUCGAGCCGCCAUGUAUGACUUCUCGGCAAUGAUCGGAUGUUUGGUUUCUGUCCUCAUGGGGCUCGGGGGCACAUUGUUCCUACUCGGUAUUUACCACAAGGCACUUCCAGCGCUACCGAUUUCAAUUCUGUUAGCUGUCAUGAUGUACUUUUGGCUUCGAGUGGUGUUUGUGGACUUUGUGAGCAGUGCUUUAAGUGCUGGUGUACCUCUAUAA